CCGGGAUCUGCAGGUCUCACAGGUAUUGCAGAUACGACAGAUGCAGCAGUUGAGGAAGGCGUAGGGGAUGAUUCGGAUACUGUAGGUGCCACGGAUGUUGCGGGUGCAACUCGUAUUGCUGCCGCGGAUACUACAGGUGUCCUUGACAUUAUCCCGCGUACGGUAUCUGGCGUGACAACUGUCGACACUGAAAUGAUAACCAUAAAAAUAUAA